GUGGGGAGGGAGGGCGGUGUGGGAGGAGCAGCCGCGGCGGAAGCGGGGAGGCCGGCGGGGGCGGGCGUGUCUCGGGGGAGCCAGGCCCGGCUUCCGCGGGUGGAAGAGACGGGGCGAGAACCCCGGGGGACCCCCCCGGGCCGCCCCCAGCGGGGCCGGGGCGCGUCGGCGCGGGGCCGAGCCCAAGGCGCGCGCGGCUGUGGGCACCCGGCCGGCGUGGCCGUCCUGUCCCGGCGCAACGGCGGCGUUGCCGGCCCCGCCCCUCCGCAGGAGCCCCGCCCCCCGGCCCUUCCGCAGCGGCCCCGCCCCCCCGCAGGGGCCCCGCCCCCGCCCCCGCCCGGGAGGCCCUGGAGGCCUCCGGACCUGUGACACCCGCUGUCCCGCCAGGCUGGGGGCUCCCCUUGCGAGGCAGGCCCUGGAGCGCGGGCCCGUCUCCCCCUGAAGGUGGGCAGCGCGGCAGGACGCGGCCCUGCAGGGCCCGUCAGCUUUCAGCCUGGCUGUGGGAGCUUCGUUUGGGGAAUGCCUCCCACACUCCGGAGCCCCAGACUUCAGUGACAAAGCCUCUCGGGGGCGCAGCUGUGUGACCCGCUGAAAGGGAGAGAUGAAGUCUCUACGCAGGAGCACGACGUGAAUGCAAGAGGCCUGUCACCGUGAGUGUGGCUUUUGAUGCAGACAGUACGGCACUCUGAACACACACUGAAGACCGCGCUCAUCUCAAAGAACCCCGCGCUUGUGUCACAGUAUGAGAAGCUAGAAGCUGGAGAGCAGCGUCUGCUGAACGAAGCCUUCCGGCCACACAGUGACCUCUUUGGACCCAUUACUUUGCACUCGCCAUCAGACUGGAUAACCUCCCAUCCCGAGGCUCCCCAGGACUUUGAAGAGUUUUUCAGUGACCCUCACAGAAAGACGCCGUCUCCAGAGAAGCACAGUGUUUACAUACAGUGCAUUGGAUUGCUGGGAAACACCAGAAGUAUCAGUGAAGAAUACGUGAAGUGGCUCAAGGGCUACUGUGAAGCAUUUUUCUACGGCUUGACCGUGAAACUCCUAGAGCCGGUUCCUGUCUCGGCAACGAGGUGUUCCUUUAGAAUCAAUGAUCACACGCAGAACCUACAGAUUCACGCAGGGCAGAUCCUGAGGUUCUUAAAAAAGAAGAAACCUGAAGAUGCUUUUUGUGUUGUGGGAAUAACAAUGAUCGAUCUUUACCCGAGAGACUCCUGGAAUUUUGUCUUUGGACAGGCAUCUUUGACAGAUGGAGUGGGGAUAUUCAGCUUUGCCAGGUACGGCAGUGGCUUUUACAGCUCACACUACGGAGGCAAAGUGAAGACGCUGCAGAGGAAAUCUUCCAGCGACUACUCGGUCUUUGAUGACUAUUACGUCCCUGAAGUCACCAGUGUCCUGCUGCUUCGGUCCUGCAAGACUUUAACCCAUGAGAUUGGACACAUCUUUGGACUUCGGCACUGCCAGUGGCUCGCGUGUCUGAUGCAAGGCUCCAACCACUUGGAAGAAGCUGACCGGCGCCCCCUCGACCUUUGCCCCAUCUGCUUACGCAAGCUGCAGAGUGCCAUCGGCUUCCCCCUUGAAGACAGAUACAGAGCGCUGGUGAGGUGGGUCGAGGCCGAGUCCGCGGACACACCCACAGUAACUCCGAAACACAGUCGUGAGGAGCACCUGGGCCUGCCAAGGCCUGUGGAAGCCUUUCAGGAGUGGAAAGAGUGGAUAACAAAAUGCCUUGCUCUUCUCCAGAAAUAGGAACUUCAAAUAGGAGUGAUUAGAAUAAAUGGCCAUUAUG